AUGGCACCCCAGGACGAGCAUGAAGACGUGGAAAAGAUCGUACGUGAAGCUCCAAAGCGUCUGGGUCGAAAAGCUCUGAAGCUCAAGAAGGAAAAGAUUGAACAUGUUGGCAAAUACACACGAAAUGGUGCCAUCUCACAGCAUCGCAUUCGAAAUAUCCGUGACAAGAAGCUCCGAGGCUCGUUACAACGCGCCCAUGAGAAGAACAAAUUAGCAGCUGAAGCUGCUGCCAAGUCGGAGAUUUUGUUGCCUGAUCAAGUUGGUUUUUUGGAAGCUGAAGGUCUUGAAAAGACGUAUAAAUUCACACAGAAACAGCUCGCAGACAAUGUGGAUCUCAAUACGGCACGUAAAAUUUUUAGCUUGGACUUGCCAGAAUAUGGCUCGUAUCGUGUGAAAUACACACGCAAUGGACGUAAUAUGCUGCUUAGUAGUCAGAAGGGUCACUUGGCACAAAUGGAUGCGCUACGCAUGAAACUCACGUGUGAAUUCCAGGCGAAUGACUUGGUGCGUGACAUCAGUUUCUUGCACAAUGAUUCACUCUUUGCUGCGGCUCAGAAGAAACACGUGUACAUUUAUGACAAUACUGGUGCUGAAGCACAUUGUAUUCGUACCAUUCCGGAGCCUCGGAAGAUGGAAUUCCUGCCCUACCACUUUUUGCUUUCGACUGUGAGUGGCAAUGGAUUGCUGAGUUACCAUGACGUGACGGAAGGAAAAAAGGUAUCGACGCAUCGCACGAAGCAAGGGCUGUGUGACACAAUGGCAUUGAACCCCUGGAAUGCCGUUGUGAAUCUUGGUCACGCAAGCGGAAUUGUAACGUUAUGGACGCCAAACAUGUCGGACGCUGUCGUCAAGAUGCAGUGUCAUCAGGGACCGAUUCGAUCUAUGGGUAUCGACAGCAGCGGAAAGUAUCUUGUCACCGCUGGUGCUGAUAGAAAAGUGAAGGUGUUCGACCUACGUAAAUACCAAGAGCUAAACAGCUACUACCUGACGGCGGCAGCUAACACUAUGAGCGUGAGUCAACGCGGACUUGUGGCAGUAGGCUUUGGUCCGAACGUGCACGUGCUCAAGGGUGCUUUCUUGUCGAGCUCUCCCAUCAAACCAUACAUGACAUACCAGAUUCCAGGCUCAAUGAUCAGCUCAGUUGCAUUCCGUCCGUUUGAAGAUGUGCUUGGUGUUGGUCAUGCCAAGGGCUUUAACUCGGUGGUGAUUCCUGGCGCCGGUGAGCCUAACUUCGAUACAUAUGAGGCGAACCCGUACGAAAACCACAAGCAGCGUGAUGAGUCCGAGGUACGCUCGCUUUUGGAAAAGAUCCGUCCGGAGAUGAUCACAUUGGACCCCAACGCCAUCGGUCGUGUGGACAUGGAUCCAGCCGAGGAGCAGGAAAGAAAAAUUCAUCAGAUGCAGCGUGCCAACGGGGAUGGCAGUGCCAAGAAGCCCAAGAAGAAAAUGCGCGGUAAGAACCGUCCGUCGCGGCGACUGCGCAAGAAGCAACAGAACGUCGUUGACGUCCAGAAGCAACAGUUCCGCGAGCAAUUGGCGAACAAGCAAAAACGCGAAGAUCGGAAGGAGCAGCAGCAGGAGUGGAACAAAAAGGCUGAGAGUGCACCUACGGCACUCAAUCGGUUCUUCAAGAAGUAG